CUCAAGACCAGCGAUUUAUCCGGUAUUUAGAAAAACAUACAGCGGAGUAAAAAAACACAACUGCUAUAUUAGCUGUCACAGGAAACCGCGGUUAACUAACCACGGUCAAUUCGCCUGCACGAAGCGGGAUGGGUUUCAUUUGCCCUUUUUUUCGUAUAUAUAAAUCCCGUGAGGCCGGCCGAGUUGUUCAUCUGUAAUUAGAGAGGCGUCUUGAUAAACGCCGAUCUUAGUUUGUCUCGCAUUUCCUUCCAUUUUUUCUGCAAUUUUUAAUAGCCUGCUUUUCGAUCUCAACAAAUCUCGAGAAUGAGAGAGUGCAUUUCAAUCCACAUCGGUCAAGCUGGUAUCCAGGUCGGAAAUGCUUGCUGGGAACUCUACUGCCUCGAGCAUGGUAUUCAGCCCGAUGGCAAUAUGCCUGGUGACAAGACAAUUGGAGGAGGUGAUGACGCAUUCAACACCUUCUUCAGUGAAACCGGAGCUGGCAAGCAUGUCCCUCGUGCUGUAUUUGUAGAUCUUGAGCCGACUGUCAUCGAUGAAGUUAGGACUGGAACCUACAGACAACUCUUCCACCCUGAGCAGCUGAUUAGCGGUAAGGAGGAUGCUGCCAACAACUUUGCCCGUGGUCAUUAUACCAUUGGGAAAGAGAUUGUUGACCUCUGCCUGGAUCGCAUCCGCAAGCUUGCUGAUAACUGCACUGGUCUCCAAGGAUUCCUGGUUUUCAAUGCAGUAGGUGGAGGCACGGGUUCAGGACUUGGAUCUCUUCUGCUUGAGCGUCUCUCUGUUGACUAUGGCAAGAAAUCCAAACUUGGUUUUACCAUUUAUCCUUCACCCCAGGUCUCCACUUCAGUGGUUGAGCCUUACAACAGUGUCCUCUCCACACACUCUCUUCUCGAGCAUACUGAUGUUGCCAUUCUCCUUGACAAUGAGGCCAUUUAUGAUAUCUGCCGUCGCUCCCUUGAUAUUGAGCGCCCUACCUACACAAACUUGAACCGUCUCAUUUCACAGGUUAUCUCCUCCCUCACGGCCUCACUUCGAUUUGAUGGAGCCUUGAAUGUUGAUGUGAAUGAGUUCCAGACCAAUCUUGUUCCAUACCCAAGGAUCCAUUUCAUGCUUUCCUCUUAUGCCCCUGUGAUUUCAGCUGAGAAGGCCUACCAUGAGCAACUCUCUGUUGCUGAGAUAACCAACAGUGCCUUUGAACCAUCAUCCAUGAUGGUCAAGUGUGAUCCUCGCCAUGGAAAGUACAUGGCUUGCUGUCUCAUGUUUCGUGGUGAUGUUGUUCCUAAGGAUGUGAAUGCUGCUGUUGCCACCAUCAAGACCAAGCGCACCAUUCAGUUUGUUGACUGGUGCCCUACUGGAUUCAAGUGUGGUAUUAACUACCAGCCACCAACUGUUGUUCCUGGAGGAGACCUGGCCAAGGUGCAGAGGGCUGUGUGUAUGAUCUCCAACUCCACCAGUGUUGCUGAGGUGUUCUCCCGCAUUGACCACAAGUUUGAUCUCAUGUAUUGCAAGCGUGCGUUUGUGCAUUGGUAUGUUGGUGAGGGUAUGGAGGAGGGUGAGUUCAGUGAGGCACGUGAGGAUCUGGCUGCUCUAGAGAAGGACUAUGAGGAGGUUGGGGCUGAAGGAGAGGAUGAAGAUGAAGGGGAUGAGGGAGAGGAGUACUAGAGGUGAGAAGAGGCUCACUGUUGUUAUCUCUGUUUGUUUGUGUGUUUAUCUUGUCUGUUGAAUUUCAAACAUGUCACUACAGUGUUGCUCUUUCUUUUGAUUAUUUCAAACAAUGAAAUUCUCUAUGGAUGUUUGUGUGCUUGUUACUGGAUUGGGUUAGGGAUGUCCUUGAUUUGAAUUUCAUUCGAAUUUAAGAUUCAUCUCAAUUUAGAUGGUAAAGGGUUUCUUGAAAAUGUAUCUCCUAUUGUCAUGAGUUGGGCUGAUUUACUGAUUAUGAUGGAACAUUAUAGGCUAAAACAAGAAGUCAUUCCAGCACCAUUCUCUUCCCCUGGAUUUUAAAUCAAGACACCUUAGCUCACCUCUUCUGCUAUGGGAAAUUGGGAACGCCUAGAAACUUCAAGACACCAUCUUUUGUUUUACUUGAUUACUGCAAAUUAGUUACUACAAACAUUUUUUUUUAAUUUAAAAGGCAUCGUCAUUGACUAUUCACAUAAAAACUGUUGGGAAUAGGGCCAAAUAAAGCUCCAAAUGUGCUAGAUUCAAAGAUGAAUAGCCUAUGUUUUUUACUGAUUCGCAGUAAAUCAUUCUUGUAAAUUUAUGUAUAUGAAAAGAUAAGUUAUGUUUUUUUAUAAUAAUGGAAUCAGUCAUUCUGCAAUGUCCG